AUGAAGAGACCACAAUCAUCUUGCCUCCCUGCUGUUCCUCUGUAUCCUGCCCAACCAGCCCGCAAAGAAUGUUGCAGUUACUUUAUCUCCAAGCCCCUUGUCCCCCCCCCCCACCUCGCCCCCUGCCUUGACCCCAAUCUUGGAGUGAUGUUGGAUUUUCAGCUUGUUUUCUCCCCUGUCCACCACUGCCGGUCCACCCCUGUGCUUCUCAAUGUUCUGCCUUGCGUGCUCCGAGCCAGUGAAGGAACGUUCAAGGACUUGAAUAACCCAAGCCGGCCCCAGUCAGUUCUACUGCUUCUUUGUGUGUGUGACCAUUUUACCAGUCAAUAA